GAGAGCUGGUGAAAGAUCGUCAUAGCCAGGUUGUUGCCAGGAAAUGUCCCGGAAUGGUCACGUCACAGCAACACUGCUGGUGGUUGUGUUAUGGUGGAUCGGAUUGUGCCGCGCAACGAUAGAACCGUGCCCGUUUGUAAUGUCCUGUGACGAUGACAGUGACUCCGCUGGUUCCCGGUACCGUAGUGCGGACGGAUCGUGUAACAGCCGGUACAAUCCACUGUACGGUACCGCGUACCGACCGUACCGGCGACUGUUACCGGCCAAGUACGCCGAUGGCGUCUCCGAACCUGCCCGAAUGGUUGGUUCCGGUGCUGCGAUGCCAAACGCUCGCCAGCUUUCGAUGGCACUGUUCGGUGAAACGGAACGACGGGAUGGCCGCAGCACGAUCGUUAACAUGCAGUUCGGUCAGCUGGUGGCUCACGAUCUUAGCUUCACGGCGGAUGUUUUCGGUGGCAGGUGCUGCCCCGCUGGUGGUCGUGCACGGCAACUACCGGCCAGAUGUCUACCGGUGGCCAUACCACCGGAUGAUCCGGUUCUGGGGAACGGUACCACCGAUUGUAUGAGUAUGCUACGCACCAGAACCACCAUGGAGCAUCCUUGUGCGACGAAUUACGGCCAAGCGGAGCAGCUAUCAUCCGUGACCGCUUUUCUCGAUCUCUCGAUCGUGUACGGUAAUUCCGCCGGGCAAAUGGCCGCUCUACGGUCACCGCACGGUGGCCAGAUGCUGGUCGAACAUCGGGACGGGAGUGAUUGGCCACCGCACAAUCCGAACGCGUCCACACUCUGCCAGAUGCUCGAGGAAUCGGACGUUUGCUACCAAACCGGCGAUCUGCGUUCGAACCAAAGCCCACAUCUGGCACUGCUUCAGAUCGUGUUUCUGCUCGAACACAAUCGGUUGGCCCGGGAGUUGGCGAUACUCAAUCCACGCUGGGAUGACGAGCGGUUGUUUCAGGAGGCGCGCCAGCUCAACAUCGGUCAGUAUCAGGCGAUCGUUUAUAAUGACUGGCUGCCGAUCUACCUGGGACGCGAUAAUAUGUUGGCCGGUGGUCUGCUUCAUCCGGUGGCCGACGGUGAGGAACCGGUACCGGAUUAUGAUCCGCUCGUGGAUCCAACCGUUAGCAAUGAGUUUGGGACUGCGGCGUUCCGGUACUUUCACAACAUGAUCGUCGGUCAGCUGGACCUGUACGGUGACACCGGGGAACCGAUCGGAUCGAUCCGGCUCUCCGAUUGGCUGCGGCGACCGGGCAUACUGGAACAACCAUCACCAUCAGGGCACCAGGGCUCGAACCGGGUGCUGCUGGCCCGCUGUAUGGUCAGCCAACCGCACGACACCCCGAACGGUCACCUUUCGCCCGAAGCCAAACACUACCUUUUCCGCAACCAGCGGACCACCGGAGUGGACCUGAAAGCGAUCGAUAUCCAGCGUGCCCGGGACCAUGGGCUGCCGGGCUACAACGAGUACCGGGUGUGGUGUUGUGGUCUCGAACGGGCCACCGAAUGGUCGGAUCUGCAUGAUACACUCCCGGAGGAGACGGUAACCGAGCUGGCCCGCUGGUACGGUACGGUCGGCGAUGUGGAGUUGGCCGUGGCCGGUGCACUGGAACGGCAUCAGGCCGGUGCCACGGUUGGACGGACGUUUCUGGCGAUUCUGCUCGAACAGUUCCGUCGUACCCGUACCGGGGAUCGGUUCUUUUACGAGAAUGGUACUCCCUUUAGCGGGGCCCAGCUGGUGCAGGUGCGCCGUGCCUCCAUCGGUCGGUUGCUGUGCGAUGCCGUCCCGGAGUUGGAGCGUAUGCAACCGAAUGCGUUCUUUCUGCCGGAUGACGCGGGGAAUUCGGUGCGACCGUGCCGGGAGCUUGCCGAAGUACGGCUCGAACCAUGGCAGGAACGUUGAGGAAUACGUGGAACAUUACGGG